GAUUAGCGUUUGAGGCGGGGCUGCGCAGGGCAGGGCGAGAAGUGGCGCCGGGUUGGUCCUGCGGAGCAUGGCAGAGGAAUCACCUCGGACGGCGCCGGAGGCGGGUAUCGCAACGCGCUGCUGGCGGGCAAGUCACUGGAGGAGUCGCUGCUGACGCUGAAGACAGGCAGGUGCUUGGCGGGCCGGAGCGAGCGGGUUGCGGCUCCCCCAGAGCGGAGAGCGCCCGCGGGAGAGAGGAUGGCGGCCGAAGGCAGCAACGCGGACUGGAUGGGCUCCCUGCCGCCCGCUCUCUACGCCCUGCCUCUUUCCAACCUGGCCAUCCCAGGAUCACAUGACUCCUUCAGCUACUGGGUUGAUGAAAAAUCUCCUGUAGGGCCAGAUCAAGCCACAGCCAUCAAACGUUUAGCUAAAAUUUCUUUGGUAAAGAAGUUAAUGAAGAAAUGGUCCGUGACACAAAACCUAACAUUCAAGGAGCAGCUUGAAGGUGGAAUCCGCUACUUUGACCUCCGUGUAUCUUCCAAGCCAGGAGAUGCAGGACAGGAAAUUUACUUCAUACAUGGUUUGUUUGGAAUAAAAGUAUUAGAUGGGCUGAUGGAGAUAAACACCUUUCUAACAAAUCACCCUAAGGAAGUGAUCUUCCUAGAUUUCAACCACUUCUAUGCUAUGGAUAACAACCAUCAUGUGUACCUAUCUAGCAGGAUCCAGGAAGUCUUUGGGUCAAGACUCUGUGCGAGGGAACAUGUAGAAAGUGUGACAUUGCAAAGCCUCUGGGAAAAACAGCAGCAGGUUCUCAUUUUCUACCACCACCCCCUCUGUGAUGCAUACCCCUUUCUGUGGCCCGGGAAUAAAAUGCCAGCACCAUGGGCAAAUACAACCAAUGUGCAUAAACUGUUGCAGUUCUUACAGACCACACUUGGGGAGCGAGAAAAACAUGGAACUUUUCAUGUGUCUCAAGCUAUUCUCACACCACGGGUCAAAACAAUUGCACGGCAUCUCGUCCGUGGUCUGAAAAACACGCUUGUUCACAAAAAUCUUCCUUUGAUUCUGAACUGGGUGAAGUCACAGAAACCGGGUGUCAUGGGUGUUAACAUCAUUACAUCAGACUUUGUGGAGCUGGUUGACUUCGCAGCUACCGUAAUUGCACUGAAUGAUCUCCUUUUAGAAGAGAAUAAAUCCUGAGUUUUGGAAUAGUUUUUCAUCACAACUGAACUUUAUUUUGCCUCAGUUUUAUGUGGAAAUGGCCUCCAGUCCUAUCAAUAGCAGUAUUUCAGGCCUUCUGUCAGCACCUGCCAGGGUUGCUCCUUUAUGCAGUAGGAAGGCACAAAGCAUGCGUGCUGAUUGGACUGCAUGGUUCCAAACAGGGCUGUGCACCAUGGCGUUCUUUGCCCCUGUUCUGCACAGAUGGCUGUUCUGCCUACGUGUGCGGAAGACAGGAUACAAUGCUGGCUAGCCAGCCUGGAGGCCAGACACUUCUGCACCUGUAAACAAUUAGCAGGGGCUCUCUAUGGACUUGUUGAGUGGGCACAUCCUGCAUGUUGUGAAACCAGGACUCCAGCUUUAAGAAUAAUUAUUGAUCUCUAAGCACAAAUUUGACAGAGGAGCCAAAAGGCUUCCUUUCACGGUUAUUUUCAGUCAGACAUGUAUACACUGUUCUCUUCCCUUCUACUGUACUGUACAUUAAGCUACCUCGGUCACUUUUAGAACAAAAGAGACAGACUGACUGACUGACUAAAUGACUGGCAGCAAAUCCUUGCUGUGCAUUCUGACUUUCUGUAAAAAUACUUCUGUGUAAGAAUUUUUUAUGGUUCAUUAUGAAGUACAAGUGAUGAUUUCAAGUCUCCUUUAUUAACUUGAACUUGCAUUUUAAUUUAUGGUGGCAUUGGUAAGUUCAGUCUAAAGAGGGAGAAAGUUGAGUGUUUCUACUGUGGCAAUAUUUUCUUUGUAAAGGCUUUGUUACACUUUGGAGAAGCACUUCUGAGAAGUGGCCGUGUCAGUGUAACAUUGUCUCAAUCCUGACAUUAUAUGUCAGAAUGAUGUCUCGUUAGGAGUGAAAAUGGUGUACCAGAACACAAAAUGUGUAUAAAUUUUGUAGGAACUAUUAAUGGAGGAAUUAUCAGAUUGAAUGCCAGAGCACUUGAUUGAGUGGUAAGAACUAUUACUGUGCCAUAAAAAAGAAAUUAUGACUGCUUUCCUAUACAAAUUUAUCUGGGAGUAUGUCGCACUGAGCUAAGUGAUAAUUAUGUCUGAGUAGACAUGUACAAGACUUCAACCUGUACUCAUCAAAUGAUGCAUCUCUGUGCAAUUAACUGCUCUGGCCUUACUUCUAUCCUCCUGUGAUAGAAAGCAAUUCUGUUGGGUAUUUUAUACCAGAUAUGUUGAACCAUCCAAUUACUCCCGACGCUGAGAUGCAACAGCAAAUGUUACAUCUGCUGUUGGGGGAGCUUGUUGCAUCUUGCUGUUUGGUUAUCUCCUGCCAUCCAAACACUAACCCACCAAAUUGGAUGCCUUCCCUGAGAUUCUGUAAUCCAUUUUGCACUUUCUAAAAGUAAGCUUUUUCCUGGGUAAAAGUGAUCCUUGUAUCCAAUUUUAAUUUGGGGAAAAGUGUGACUUAGCUAUCAGAAGUUUAGAAAACACCAACUAAGUGAGUAGGAAAGAGUAAGAAUCCAUACUCUUGUUUUGCCACUGGCAUUCUUUUCCAGUGGGCAUUGUAAUGUCAAAAUUGGCUCUUUGUUCACAAAAGUUUCCUAUUUUAUUAUAUGGCUCCAGGGCCAAACACAAAGGAGUAUAGCACAGGACAAUCCACUAGUUCAGAGGGCCAAGGGUCAAAGUCACUCCUCCAGUAUUUCACCCAAAGUUUUGCUGGUGCUAUUAAUUCUGCUGCUUUGAUAACCCCAUACCUAACCCAGAUAUUGCUUUGUUUUCAGGUUAUAAACACACAGGUGUGAUGGUGUUCAGGUUUCCUUUUUAUAUUUUUGAACUUGGUAGAAGGAAGGGAAGCAUU